AUGGCAGGGCACAGAUCUUCAAACGUCUACCCUCUCCCAGGCAGUAGUGGUGGUGGCCCAGAAGGACCAAUGCCGGUGCGAGUUGACACUCAUUUGUGGUUGAGUGGCCAGGCAGCCCCGGGCAGGUUAAUGGUGUGGCCAGGUAUCGGGCCAGGCAUCUGCCCAGGCCCUGAGGUGUGGGGAGUUUCUCAAGGUCCCUCACCUUAUGAAUUUCGGAGUGGAGUAGCACCCUACGGAGCUGGUGAGACAAGGGCCUGGUCCCAGAGUUCCUCUGAGGACACUUGCCCAGGACCCUACAUUGCCCUGCGGUACAUGCCAAAUUUGACACUGCCAGAGGACGUUUCAGCCAUACAAAAAGAGAUGGAGCAGCUGGCCAAGGAGCUGAGGCAAAAGAGAAUGGCCCUGGGGUACUCACAGGCGGAUGUGGGGUUCGGUGUGGGAGCUAUGUUUGGGAAGGUGCUUAGUCAGACGACCAUAUGCCGCUUCGAGGCUCAGCAGCUCAGCCUCGCGAACAUGUGGAAGCUGCGACCCCUGCUGAAAAUGUGGCUGGAGGAAGUGGAUGAGAAGAACCUUCUGGGCAUUUGCAGAAUGGAGAUGAUUCUGCAGCAGGCCCGGAAGCUGAGACGCGCAAGCAGGGAGAGACGCAUCGGAAACAAUCUGGAAAACCUCUUCCUGCAUAGUCCAGAGCCUAUGCCCCAGCAAAUCAGCUGUAUUGCUGAACGCCUCCAGCUGCAGAAGGACCUGGUUCGAGUUUGGUUUUCUAACCGGAGCCAGAUGAGCAGCUGGCCAACCAAUGGUGUCUCCCUGAGGGAGAAUGUGGCAGUAGCCGGGCCCUUUCCAGGGCCUCCAGUGUGCUUUCCUCUGGCCCCAGGGCUCCAUUUGGAUUUCCCUCACUAUGGGGGAACCUGUCUUACACCCCUGUGCUCCCCUACCCCAUUUCCUGUGAGAGGAGCUCUCCUGUCUACCCCGGCCACCACUCUAGGCCUCCCCAGGCUUUCAAGCUGA